AUGAAGCAGGUGAUAUUGCCUUUUAGCAUUAGCAUACAAGUAAGGGGAACUGAAGAACUUGAUGGAUCAGAUAUCAAUUUCAAAGGAAUAUUACCCACACCUAACUUUUCUUGGAAUUUCAUCAUAGACAUCUAUUCAAAAUCCAUAGUAUUUUUCAACAUGCUCAUGUGGCCCAGUAAAGGCAACUCAAAUUUGGUAACUCGAAGUUUUCAAAAAGAUAAGGUUACUAGACCUUCUCAUCUUGCAGAAGUCCUGCUUAACUGGGCUCUUCAUCCUCCUAGAAUAUAUUCAGCUGGACAGAGUGGGAAGCCAUUUGGAUCCUGCUGUGGCUUCUCAUAUCCCCGGCAUCUGCUCAGAGUCAAGGAAUCUUUUGGAGACAAGUGGAAUGGUAGUUUUCCGUUGAAUCCAGGCUCAGAAAGUGAUUUGGCAAUCUGUAAUGGGUUCUAUCAUGGGUCUGUCUCAAGAUCCAAAGAACCAGUUCAUUUACCUUCAUCCGGCUUUGAUUUUCUCAAGUGUGGUAGGGGUGAUAAUGUUGCAUCUGAAUGCUUGGUAAAUCCUGGAUUUGAGAAGUUCCUUAAUGGUGACAAUCAUUUGAACUUGAAUGGGGUAACGACACAAAGUUCUCCAAAUGAAGCUGUUUCUCAGAAAUAUUUUAAUAUGGUGGAUAGAAAUAGUCUUGCCAAAGACCAGUUGUCGGUGUUUCCUUGGCUUGGAUGCAAACCAGUUGACAAAAAGGAGGCUGCCAAAGCUAGGAAGUCGGUACACACUGAAAUCUUGGGUUCCCUUCAAGCUUCUUCUGAUCCAUUUUGUUUUAGGAGUGAAACAGUAAGAGAUCUUAAUCAAGUGUUCACUCCAAAUAUCUCUCUGGCUUCAGAUGAUUGUGUGAUCGGGGCUAAGGAGGAGAUAGGCAAGAGUGAGAAUGGUCAGAAAAUUCUCGGGUUUCCGAUUUUUGAAAUCCUCAAUACCCCAAAGCAUGAGUCAUCACCACUUGUUUCUACCUUAGUGACUCUUGAUUGCCCUUCUGAAGGAAAUAAUAUAGAUGCUGAAGAACUGAUUGUAGAGAACAAACAGCAUUCGAUGGGUACCAUUAUCAGGAGUCAAAUUGAUUUGAACACUUGUAUUACCGACGAUGAAGAUCCAUUUGCACCCUUUGUUGCAAGCAACAGCGCCAAUGUGAAGAUCGUAAUAAAGAUAGAUUUAGAAGCCCCGAUUCGUCAUGAGAUGGAGGAUGAUAUUAUACCUAGCACGCAUCUUUGUAAUGUACUCAAAAUAAAGUCGAGCAGGUACAGGAUUAAGUUGUCAGGAAUGCAGGAAAAACAAUAUUUGCCAUCUCAUCAUCUUGCCAGCAAAUUCGUAGUGAGUAUACAAUUUGUUACCUGUCAGAAGCUUCUUUGGCAGAAUCAAUCCUCUUGUUCGUCGAUGUUGUCGUCAUGUGCAAGUGAAUUGAAAGGAAAAGAUGAUGCACCUAUUCAAGGUCUUCCCAUGGAGAUGGACAAUUUUGAGGCCAUGGCAUUGCAACUCACGGAGACCAAGGAAAAAGACUACAUGCCUAAGCCACUUGUUCCUGAAGUCCUAAAAGUCGAAGAAAUGGGAGCUACUUUAUUACCAA